UCCGUCGCUCAUUCGCUCCACAGAUAAAAAACUACUCCAAAGUCUGUAGCAGUAGGGUAAAGGAACAUUUUGUCACCAAUAUGUUACAAUACGUUGUAUUAGUGUUUGUAGUUUUGAACAUAGUUUGUGAUAUCAAUUACUUGAUUAGAACGUUAGUCUCGGUACUGACUGGAAGGCUGUAUCAAAGGAAAUAUGCUUUGAAUGAAACAACCACGAUAUAUGGUAUUUGCACGUUUCAAGACUGUGAUAUAAACUUCAGAAAUAUUCGAAUAGCCAGGCUACUUCGGGAUCUUGACUUCGCGAGGUAUCACUUUUAUGAGAGGACCGGAAUCUACCAGAGGAGUAGAGAGCUCAAAAUUAAAUCGCUACAAGGGUGUACACUGACUGUAACUGAUGAUCCAGUGCCUUUGUUUGCGCCUUACAAAAUUAAUACCAAGCUCGUCUAUUGGGAUGAUCGUUCUUUAUUCUUGGAGCAUGAAGUGAUAACCAUACGUGAUGGUAAAGUUCGAUCACUGCUAUUAUCCCGCCAGCACGCGAUAGGACGAAAUGGGGACUCAACAGAAGCAUUACUUGCAAACCUGCCUGGUUCAGAACUUCAGCCAUCUUGCCCUGAAUACAUCGAACACUGGCUGGAAAGCAUGCGAAUAAACAGCGCAAAAUUAAAAAAGGAUAGUUAAUUUAAUUAAAGAAAAUGUAUUUCUUG